AUGGACAUCAAUGGAACUUUGGAGUGCAGUAUUUCCAGUAUGUUAUCUACACAGUCUCACCAUUUGCCACAGGAUACUAUCUUAGACAUUAUUUUGUUAGAUUGUCCUCCUAUUGUGAAUAUGAUUCAUGACUUUGAUGAUGCCAUUGUAACUUCUGAGCAUCUUACAGAAAAAGAUGAAGAAUGUACAAGUCCACCAGCAACAAUCAUAGAAAGUAAAGAUGAAUUUGUCUGUGUAAUCCCUACAUCAUUAAACAACAUAGAGAGACAGGUAUGUGAUCUAAAUAAGUAUACUGAAUACUUAUUUGGAAAAGUAUCUAAAGAGCUUGAUAGAAUUACUUUUAAGCUCAAGGCUCUACACAAAAAUGUAGUCCAGCUAGCAGAUGCUUUUAGCCACAAGAUUCCAAAUAAAGGACUGCCCAUGCAGGAUUGGAAAUUAAGAAAGAAUUUUUCAAGUAUAUUUAUUCAAGCACAGCAAGUUUACUCCUCUACAUCAUUGCCUAUUCAGAAUUUUGAAAGACAUGAUGCUAAUACACUGAUACCACCCCUAAAGAUGACUACUUCUUAUCAGCAAGAUAAUAUGGCAAGUUUAAUGAUGUCUUCUGAUGAUUCAGUCCAAUCAUGUUCACACUACCCUGAACUUUUGAAAGAAAAUGUUAUAUCUGUGAAUGAAGAACAAAAGAAGGAAAAGCUCACACAAAACAAGAACUCAGAUCAUCUCAGUAAACCAAAAACUGUACCAACAUGUCAACUGAUGAAAGAGGAUGUCCCUGUUGAUCAUAACAUAGCAGCAUGUGGCAAAGUGCCACAUUCAUAUGUAUAUCAACCAAAUGAACAUUUGUCAUUUUCCACUUACCCAUUUCGUGCAAGCAACAAACCUCCAGCAAGAUUCAUCAUCGUACAUGGUCAUCCAUACCAACUACUUCAUGGAAUUGGAGACAAGUAUGAUUCCCAUCCUUAUGUUAUUUAUGGAACUGGAAAAGGAGAAGUUGUACCUCCACCUCCAACUGUAACUCAUAAAACAGUGGCCUUUGUGAGUCCUACAGCACAAGAGGCACCUCUAUCACUACCUGAUUGGUUAGCUCUAUUAACAGCUUCUAACAGGUCAGAUCCUCCUGAAAUCAUACAUUCUGCAAUGAAGUCUUCAUCGCCUGUUAUGGAAACUACAAGAGUAGUAUCACCUCUGGAUUGUCUGCACACUACUGAUAAAGAUCUUCCAGUUAAACCACCACAAGCUGAGUUCAUUACUCUAGAACCUGAACCUUUUGAACUUCAUGAACAGAUACAAGAAGAUAUAACAUUGCAAGGUAAAAAGCAGAGAAUUUCCCCAUCUGUAUCACCUCUAGUAAUUUCAACAGAUAUUCAGUCAAGGAAUUCAGUUAUGGACCUUGUUGACUUUGUUUCAGUGGCACAAUCACCAAGAUCUUCAGUUGUUCUAUCUGUGAAAUCUUCUUUUGCACAGUCACCAAGACCUUCAAUUGCAAAAUCACCUGUAUCUUCACCUCUAUCGAAACCAAGAUCUGCACACAGACCACAAAAUUUAGCUAUACAUAAAUCAAUGUCUUCAACUGCACCACAACCAAGAUCUUCAACUCUACAAAAGCCACACCAUUCAGUUCCAGUAUCAUCUGUAUCUUCAUGUCCAAAACCACCAGUAUCUUCUAAUCUAUUACCAAGACAUGCAUUGAAUCAAUUGUCAAGAUAUAGAGAAGUACAGUCACCUAGAUCUUCAGUUAUAAAAUCAAAAAGGCAUUUGUAUUCACCACAAGCAAAAUCAUCAAGUUUGAAUGCUACAAAACUUUCCAGUCUCCAGUCAUCAUCUUCUUUUCAAUCGUCAUCUCUCAUUACAAGCUCUAAGGCUCUAUCCUUAUUCCAGUAUACAACAGUUCCAAUACUCUCUGGUCUGAAGCAAUCUCAAUCAAUUCUGCCAACAGUCACUAAAGCAAGGAAAGCAUUGAUGGAAGCAAUAAGAAGAGGGGUUCUGCUACGCAAGACUAAAAUUCAGUAUUUACCCAAACAAAAAAUGGAGAUUGCUGAAAAUGAACUGGCUAUUAUUCAUUUCCGCCGUAAAGCUAUGGGAUACAAUUCAGAAAAAUCAGACAGUGAUGUAGAAUGGCUAGAAGAAAAGUAA